AUGCCAGCGACCUUUAAAAGUAGCAACGGAGGAGCAACGUUCUACUACAACCCAUGGAUCAAGCAGAGCCCUCGGCCGGAAACACACCCAUGCGACGACCUGCAGGGCGAGAGGGAGGCAUGGUACGCCCAGGCCAAGCGCGUGGGCGUCGUGAUCGUGGGCGGAGGCCUCGCCGGCCUGGCUGCGGCGAAGACCCUCGCGGACAACGGCUACAACGACUACGUCCUCCUGGAGGCACAGGAGCGACUGGGGGGCCGCGUGUACACCGUCAGGGAAGGCUCCAUCACGGUCGAAGAGGGUGCCGAGUGGAUCCACGGAGGCUGGCGGAACCCCUUGUACCGCAUCGCACGGGAGAUCGAGGCCGUGGAUCCUCUUUUGGCAGAUGACGCUUUCGAGUGGCGGAUAGUGACUCAGGACGGAGCUCCGGUCAACGAAUCCUACGGUGACCUUUUGGAGGAACUGAGGGACGUCUGCGAAAAGUCGGACUUUGGACUCCUGCCUUACUACGACCUCCCUUACGGCGUGUGCUAUUUGAACAGGUUUAGCCAAGAAUAUGCCCCAGUGAAAGAUGCCGGCAUAAGGAGAGGCUUACUUCAUUUCCUGGAACAGACCGCAAACGGUGAAGAGGGGACCGACGACUGGCUGGACAUCGGCGCCCGCGAGACGGACAAGUACCCGGAUUUCGGUCCCGACCACCAGUGGAAGAAUGGCUUCGAUACGAUCGUUGGCUACUAUAAUGUAAUUGGGAGGAUAUAG